CAAUCAACCAUGAGGAGUAUUAUUCUAGUUUUGGUCUUGGCCCUGGCAGCUGUUUCAGCUGUGCCCCUGGAGGAAGGCCAGGAUGCCUCUCUGCAGGAAUUGUCCAAGGAAUUGGGCCUGGACUUGAACCUGGACUUUGACCUGGACAUGGGAUUCAACUUGGAGCAGGAACUGAAUGAGGAGGGCAACAUGGAUGUGGAUGAGUUCGGCUUCGUAGACAGCAUGUUGCGAUUCAUCAUUGCCGAAUCGAAGGCCCUGGCCCGGGACAUUAUCCGUCUGACGGAGCGCCAGCUGCUCAAGAUAUUCAUGUACCCAAUCAGGCAGCUGGAGAAGCUGGCGGAGGACAUCGAGCAGAAGGCCCUGGACGCAGGGGAGUGCGCCGUGAAUGUGACCACCAACGUGGCCGAGGUGGUCGGCUGUGCCACACUGGAUUUCCUGGGCUGCGGACGCGAUGCCGCCGUCACCUCCUACGAUCUCGCCGUGGACACCAAGAAGUCCAUCUACCAGCUGUCCGUGGAUGGCUACCAGAUCUUCCGGCUCCGAAGGAAGUGCAAGUCCUACAAGGAAGGGGGAGUUAGGCGUAAGACCUGCAAAACCCAGUUGUAUGCCAAGUGCCUUCUGUACGUCGCCAGUGGGCAGGCGUCGUUGCGCCAUCUCAUCGGACUGCGGAAAAGCGUUCCCGCCGUGGCCACCGAUGCCACCGCCUGCACCACCAAGGCCACCGAGAACGCCCUCCUGGGAUUCGACGAGAUCAACGCCACCAUCGACACCUGCAUUGACACCAUGUUCAAGUGAGAGCACUGAAACUUUGUAAAUAAAUUCCAGAAUGCAGCUUCAACUGUAGAAAAUAACUGGGUUUACAUGGAAAAAAAAUUACAAUUUGUUUCUUUAAAAUGGAUUUGUAAA